CUCGGUCUCUGUUGCCAUUCCGACGCACAUCCCUCGCAGAGGAGCAGCAUCCUGGAGGAGCCGGACAGGCUGAGCAUUUCCAGACCCCCUCCGCGGAGAGAGGACUUCACCCCGGGGUUCCCGUCCUCGCCCUCCCGCCCAGGGAGAGAGCCCCCCCACCCGGCGCAGAGAUGCGCCCCUGGAUCGGAGCUGCCUGUCGGUAAAGUCACACAAAGAGAAGGAGACUGAGAAACGGCGCAACGCCGCCGACCAACCGGAGGAGUGAUAACGGCUCCAGCCCGCAUGCUUUCAGACUGAGGAUUUUUUUUUUUUUUUUGCGGGGCAAUAAGACCCCCUCCCUUCCACCCCCCCUAUCCCACCCGCUUCUCCCAGACUCCCAGCUGAAGGUAUGAGAGGAAGCAGCCCCGCUGCUGCUGCGGCGCUCUGCGUUUAGGUCUCCAGUCCGUCCGCGGGGCUCCAGUCAGCGCACCUUUCUUCAUGAGGCUACAUCCAGGUUUAUGACGAUGGAUUACCUGCUUUGGGUGUGCAGCCUGGUGGUCCCUGCGGUCCUGGCUGUGGAAGAAACCCUCAUGGACAGUCGGUGGGCUACCACAGAGCUGGCGUGGACCACCUUCCCAGAGAGCGGGUGGGAGGAAGUGAGUGGAUACGAUGACUCCAUGAGCCCGAUCCGAACGUAUCAGGUGUGCAACGUCAGACAGCCAAACCAGAACAACUGGCUGAGGACAGAUUUCAUCCCCCGCAGAGGAGUGCUUCGGGUCUAUGUGGAGCUCAAGUUCUCCGUCCGUGACUGCGCGAGCAUCCCCAACAUCCCGGGCUCCUGCAAGGAGACUUUCAAUCUGUUUUACUACGAGUCGGAUGGGGACGUAGCUACAGACACCAGCCCUCUGUGGAGGGAGAACCCUUACGUGAAGGUGGAUACUAUUGCUCCGGAUGAGAGCUUCUCUCUGCUGGAAGCCGGCAGGAUCAACACCAAAGUGCGCAGCUUUGGCCCCCUCUCCAGGGCGGGAUUCUACCUGGCUUUCCAGGAUCUGGGAGCCUGCAUGUCACUCAUUUCAGUCAGGGUUUUCUUCAGGAAGUGCUCCACCACCAUUGCCAAUUUUGCUGUCUUCCCCGAGACUGCCACAGGUGCGGAAGCUACUUCCUUAGUGAUUGCACCGGGGGCCUGUGUGGCCAACGCCAUGGAGGUUUCUGUCCCUCUGAAGCUGUACUGCAACGGGGACGGCGAGUGGAUGGUUCCGGUGGGCUCGUGCACCUGUGUUGCCGGAUAUGAGCCGUCUGCAGACAGCACACAGUGCCAGGCUUGCAUUCCUGGGACCUUCAAAUCCAAAUUUGGUGAGGGAACGUGCGCUCCCUGUCCGUCCAACAGUCGCACCAGUUCACGAGGAGCCAACAUUUGUCCCUGCCUGGGCGGCUUCUUCCGUGCUGACAGUGACCCGCCGGACUCUCCCUGCACCACCAUCCCCUCGGCCCCUCGCAACGUCAUAUCCAGCGUGAACGAGACCUCUCUGUCCUUGGAGUGGGAGGAACCUGAGGACACGGGCGGGCGGGGGGACCUGGUCUACAACGUGGUGUGCAAGAAGUGUCUACGCGACCGGAGCCCGUGCACGCGCUGCGAUGACAACGUGGACAUCGCUCCGCGCCGCCUGGGGAUGAGGCAGAGGAAGGUGGUGGUGAGGAACCUGCAGGCUCACACCCGCUACAGCUUCGAGGUCCAGGCUGUCAACGGGGUGUCUGGGAAAAACCCGUCCUCUCCUAACUACUCCACCGUCAACAUCACCACCAACCAGGCCGCUCCUUCAGCUGUGCCAACAGUCCAUCUGAUGCGCUCCACUGCAGACACCCUCAGCCUGUCAUGGCUGCCCCCUGAGAAACCCAACGGCGUCAUCCUCGACUAUGAGAUUAAAUACCAGGAGAGAGAACAGGGGAUGAUGCACACCAUCACAUCCCAGCACAGCUCAGCCAAGCUGGAGGGGCUGAGGCCGGCCACCGCCUACGUGGUGCAGGUCAGAGCUCGGACGGUCGCUGGAUACGGACGCUACAGCAACCCCAUGGACUUCAGCACCAACCUGCACAGCGACCCCCAGAAGUCAGUCCAGGACCAGCUGCCUCUCAUCAUCGGCUCGGCCUCCGCCGGCCUGGUGGUGGUUGUUGCCUUGGUGGUUAUCGCUGUUGUCUGCCUUAAGAAGCAGCGCAGCGGGUCGGAGCUGGAGUACACCGAGAAACUACAGCAGUACAUUUCUCCAGGGGUUAAAGUCUACAUCGACCCCUUCACCUACGAGGACCCCAACGACGCGGUUCAUGAGUUCGCCAAAGAGAUAGACAUCUCCUGUGUGAAAAUCGAAGAAGUCAUCGGUGCAGGUGAAUUUGGCGAAGUGUGCCGCGGUCGCCUGAAGCAAGCCGGCCGCAGGGAGAUGGUGGUGGCGAUCAAGACGCUGAAGGCGGGCUACACCGAGCGCCAGAGGCGAGACUUUCUGGCAGAGGCCUCCAUCAUGGGUCAGUUCGACCACCCCAACGUAAUUCGGCUGGAGGGCGUCCUGACACGGAGCUGCCCCGUCCUCAUCAUCACUGAAUUCAUGGAGAACGGAGCCCUGGAUUCCUUCCUGAGGCUCAACGACGGCCGCUUUACCAUGACGCAGCUGGUCGGGAUGCUGCGUGGCAUCGCUGCCGGGAUGAAGUACCUGUCAGACAUGAACUACGUGCACCGGGACCUCGCUGCACGGAACAUCCUGGUCAACAGCAACUUGGUCUGCAAGGUCUCUGACUUUGGCCUCUCGCGCUUCCUGGAUGACACCUCUGCUGACCCCACUUACACAAGCUCCCUGGGAGGAAAGAUUCCCAUUCGGUGGACGGCGCCGGAAGCCAUCGCCUUCAGAAAGUUCACCUCCGCCAGUGACGUAUGGAGUUACGGCAUCGUCAUGUGGGAGGUGGUGUCCUACGGAGAGAGGCCAUACUGGGACAUGAGCAACCAGGACGUAAUGACUGCCGUAGAACAGGACUACCGGCUGCCCCCGCCCAUGGACUGCCCCAUGGUUCUGCACCAGCUGAUGCUGGAGUGCUGGAUGAAGGAGAGAAACCUGAGGCCUAAGUUCUCCCGCAUCGUCAGCACCUUGGAUAAGCUGCUCCGCAACGCCGCGAGCCUCAAGGUGGUGACCAGCAGCUACUCAGGGUGAGUCAGACAUGGAUCUGCUGCGGCUGGGAGGAACGCUGCCGGGACACAACAGGAAGAGCCCGGAAGACAGUCAGGAAAUCAUCCGACAACAGAUGAGCCAAACUCUUCCCAUCAGAGUGUGAACUGCUGCAAAGCAAAGGGUGGCAAAAGAAAAGAAAGAAUAAAAAAAAAAACUACCUAGAAACUCUGACCCAGAGGAUCUGAUGUACAAAGUUUAAAAAACAACAAAGAGGCGGAUAAAAGACGAAGGCGAUGAAAGUGGACCGCUUCGGAGGCUUCCUUCCCACUGGAGACUUAAUGUCUGUAUAAAGAGGACUUCCCAUUGCAGUGUGUGUGCUCAUUACUUGACACUUGUGGAUUUGUGACUGUUGACAUGAAGCCAAACUUCUUAUUGGACCCUCUCAGGUUGUGUUUGCAUGCCUGCAUGAGUUUUGUUUCUUUUUUUUUUUCUUUCUGCUGGGUGGGAAUCAGUGUUUCCUUCUCCUCGCCAUCGCGCCAAGGAAGGCGAGCUCCCAGAGGCGACUGCGACUCGCCGUCUAGAUGACGCAACAGUGCCAAAAUGGAGCCAAUCCAACCUUCAUCACAGCUAGACCUCUCUACACCUUCAAUCUGCUCAAUCUUCCUCCUUUUUUUUUUUUCUUAUUGUUGUCGUUGUUGUUUAAAUCCCGACCAAAUAUGUUGCCGAAGCUAUUUUGGCGAUGAGAAAUAAGAAACUUUUCGUCCUCUUCCUUUUAAAUACUGUCUUCCACUCAAACGUACUGGGAGCUCCGUGUUUUAUGAACCUGUACAAAGCAUCCAAGUCUUCACCCCCGUCUCUUCCUGUCGGAGGGGAGAGACGUAGCUGACACUGUGCGGGACACGUCAUGUGCAUGCCAAAGUGGAAACUCCGUGACGAGAGAAAAUAAACUACCAAGUUCCACGUUUGCUGUUGCUUUGGUGGCAUCUUGCUGUAUCGGGCUUUAACGUCCACGUUUUCUUAACCUUCUUUGACUCAUAAACGCAUUGAUUUGAAUGCUAAGUUAUUACCUGAUACUGCAAUUUUUUGUUUUCCUUUUAUUGUUUUUUUUUCAGUUUUUUUACUCGAGCUUAACUUUUUUAUUACAAUGCUUGCGUUGCUCCCCCUCAACUCAGUAAGAAACAGGACAGAUGUGAAUGAUGGAAUUAAGGGUGGGCGAAUUAUCUUUAAAAUCACAGAAGAGAUUGUGUCAGGAUCGAUGUCAGGCCUCUUCCUAGACUUUUAUUCUGAAAAUCACAGAUUAGUGGGAACCUUAAACUGACCCAGAAAUGUAGGGGG